UCUUCCGCCCUCCCAAGCCUGUAUCAACCCCUCGCCUCCCCAAGCCACCCCUUCCCAGCUUCUGCCAAGUCAGCGACACACUGCGUAGAUAAAAAAGUAACAGAACAACAGCCACAGACGUGCUCGGAAUCAGUGUUGAGGACCCUACCCGCGGCCUGCCUCGAUCACUGCACUGGUACUGAGGAAUGAUAGACCUCAUCGUCUGCAUUACCCUCUUCAUCAUGCUGUCGUGGGUCAAGGAAGUGCUGGCCCACGUGAACCAAAGAGAGAAGAGUCGCUCAAACGGCAGUGUGGUCAGCACGAUCAGCGGCAGCGGGGAGGAGCCGGAGUGUGCGGAAGAUUGCCUGCACUUACUUGUGGAGGAAUUUCAUAAAACAAACAACGAUGAUCACACCCGUCACUUGAUGCUCCCAACACCGCCUCCAUCGACAUCACCAUCAGCGCCGCCGUCAAGCCAUCACUCCCCUUCACCACCACCUCCCUUAUCCACCCGCCUCUCAGGUGCCCCAGCCUUGCGGCCACCUCACGUGUACCCAGCGCUGCCACCAUGCAGCCCGCCAAGGCCUUGCAGCCCGCCACCCACACCCUCCAACACUCGGCCGACGCCACCCUCAAGCAUGCCCUCCCUGAGUCUGCUAGGGUCACCUACCUCACGGAAUACCAUUGCCAAUGCGCUAUCAAUCCCCGAACCUGAAAUGCCUUUGGGUAGCCAGCAGAGCCCGCCAGUGUCUGGUGAGGACUCUAGUGUUGGGCAAGAGAACCAGAGCGAGGACGCCCUGCAGGCAGCUGCAGGCGACUUGUUGGGUCCUACAGUCGAAGAGACUUCAUAUCCGUCCUGCUUCCUGACAGCCGCGCUCACGAGUGCCAUUGGUCAAUUGGUCACGGUGCUUGACGAGAAAUAUGUGCUAGUCAGGGCAAUGGGAAAGGUGCUGAUGGUGUCCUUGAAUGCUGGUUCUUGCAAUAUCCCGCUCUGCAGGCUGGUCUGGCGAGCGGGCCAGCCGGUGCCUCUCAUCGAACUUCCGGACUCUACUUUCGUCGAGGUAGACGCCGUUGUGUGCCCUGAGAGCAAGAAGCUGCACGCAGCGGUGAUUUGGCAAGACACUAAGCCCAAGAGAUGCCUACAGCUGCUCGACGACACUUACUUGUUCUUGGACAGCCGAAACGUCACAUGCUGGCCAAGUUUCGAGGACAUACUCGCCAAGAAACUAACCGUUCUAGGGUUUGACGGAACCAUCGUUACAGCAGAAGUUUGUGAUGCCGUUGUCUUCAUAGGACAGGCAAAGGCCACGCUGGUCGAGCUGCUGCAGCAUAAUCUCGAACAGUGUAACGCCACGGUGUACAAAGUGUUGGAGGGGACGGGCGGCGGGCGGGUCCUGUAUGUGUGCACGUGUGUGUGGGUGGGACAAAAACCACCCACAAGCAGCCUGCCGAUGGUGAUAAACAGGCAGACGCUGUAUACCAAAGAAUAUCACGGCUUUUACACUAAGACCAAGAAAAAAGUCACCCUUUGUCUUGACGUGGACGCUAGCCUUUGUGUCUCGGAUGGCACAGCAACCCUUCAGGUGGAUCUGGACGGGUCCCGGAGGUCCCUGAAGGCCACUUAUCCACUGGGCCUGGAGCCUGGCUGCCAGGAAGCGGGCGAGACUACGAGAGUCAGUGUCCACGUCAGCAAGGGGAAUCCGGUGGCGUUCUCUGCAGUUAUGAUUAAGCCUCCUGACUCGACAGCUCUUGGUUCGAUCUUGAAUGAGAUGCCGCCGUGGGAUCUUUCAAAAGCAGCACUUCACUGUCCUUCAGGCUCCAAAGACAGACCAAUGAAGGUCUGCAAAAGCGCUUCAGCUGGGAAUAAUGCCGAGGACCAGCAGGUUAGGGUUUCAUCCUCUCUAAAGGCCAGUGCUCCGGUGGCACAGAAGGCUAGUGUCCCAGCUGCACAAAACACCCCUAAUACAAAUGCACAAAACACCACUAAUACAGCUGCACAAAACACCACUAAUACAGCUGCACAAAACACCACUAAUACAGCUGCACAAAACACCACUAAUACAGCUGCACAAAACACCACUAAUACAGCUGCACAAAACACCCCUAAUACAGCUGCACAAAACACCACUAAUACAGCUGCACAAAACACCACUAAUACAGCUGCACAAAACACCACUAAUACAGCUGCACAAAACACCCCUAAUACAGCUGCACAAAACACCACUAAUACAGCUGCACAAAACACCCCUAAUACAGCUGCACAAAACACCACUAAUACAGCUGCACAAAACACCCCUAAUACAGCUGCACAAAACACCACUAAUACAGCUGCACAAAACACCACUAAUACAGCUGCACAAAACACCCCUAAUACAGCUGCACAAAACACCACUAAUACAGCUGCACAAAACACCACUAAUACAGCUGCAAAACACCACUAA